CGCGUAGUUGCUGGCAGCCACAGCGCAUGGUUCGCUAUGUCAGGGCUGUGGACCCGGCCGUUCCUUAUUGGGACCUGGCGCCGGUAACACCACCACCAUGUUACAAAAAGCGCGAGGCGCUGAGGAGCUGUCGUUUCUCUUUACAUUACGGCUUAUUGUAUCACAAAGCCUACUUCACUCAUGCUAUCGGUCGGAUAAGUACUACAGUGGUUUUGUCCCCCCAUCACUCUCGAAACCUUGGCUUCUGGAUGGCUUAUAUAUUUUUCAACUCCUUCGGAAAGAUCGGAACUUUGAUUGUUUGCCAAUGGUGCAGCUUAAACAUCUUGCUUUCCCCGUCUCGCCCGCAUUUGUGCUCAGAACCACAUAUUUUGCCUUCUCCCGAGAUGGAGGCUUUCUACUCUCUCGACGGGUGUCCUAAUCCUUGCCGCCAUCUAUUUUUACUUUCCGAGAUAU